CAACGCAAAUCAACGUAGCUACAAUCUCAGCUUCCUGUUAGCCUCCAACGUUACUGUGUGUUUAAUGGAUUUAUUGAUGGGCUGCCUGGUUUGAUUUGAUCCGGGGCGAGUUGUGCUGGUUUAGAGGAGAUGGUACUGAUGGAGCAGUGACUCAGUGUAGCUGGUGUCAGGGAGCUGGUAAGUGUAGUUUCACGAUGGCAGACGGAGGCAGCGACGACGAUGUAAUACACCUGGCAAGUUUCAACAUCCACCGCAGCCAAGGCUCCCGUGCCCGUAAGAGGGAACUCAUCACCAUUUCUGACGACUCGGACGAGGAGCCCGUGACUCUGGUACCUGGGAGUCCUGUCUUAGUCCCGGAUGAUGCUGAUGAUGACGACAUAAGCAUAGUUGAGCAACUGACUCCUGCACGCAGACAUUUGAUUCGCCCAGCAGCGAAAUGGAGUGGAGCCUCUCAAAACCUAAUCCAAGUUGUAGUUCAUACUACUGCAACUCCCGGGGUUCCCACAGGGGACCCUAGCUCGGUCCCCUCCACCUCCAGAGAUACCAAUGCCAACUCUUCCGCAGGAAGGCCAGCCAUACGAACACAAACCACAGUGCAGUCAGGCACUUCUGGAAACACACAGCCACAACCAGGUUCUUCUUCAUGCACACUGACCCCGUCAAAACUUGACACAAAAUCACAGAAACAGGACGGUACAUCAACACAUACAAACGUGGAGCUCCGUGCAGUCUCUUCUGUCCAGAACCCAUCUACCUCCACAGAUUUCAAGGCUAACGCCGUUUCAUGCAGAUCGCCUACUCGAGUACUUAUUCAUCCUCAAUCUAGCACAUCUGGGCUAGCACAACCUAAAGCAGGCUCUUCAGCACAUGUACCGGUGGAGGCCCAGGCAAGUACCUCUGCUGGUGCCACACACAAUUCUUGUGCGGUCGCAGUUAGUACAUCAAGUUCUUCUACAAAGACUCAAGAACAGGCAAGUACAAGUACUCAUUCACAAGACAAUCCUCAGGCUAGCACAUCUGCACAGUUUCACACAUGGACGCAGCCUCAGCCCGGUACAUCAGCACAGCUCCAAACUAGUAAGACGACAUCCCAGCAGCCCAACUUCAUCCAGGUGAAGGAAGUGAAGUUAGUUCUUCCACAUCAGCCGAGCAUCCAAGCCUCUGCUCUAAUAGCCCAGCCCAAGCUGCAGCUCAGGACCCAGAACGUGCUGCAGACUAUGUCGUUCAACCGAAUGCAAGGCAAUCUCAUUCAGAUUGAGCCACAACCCCUGGCCCAGGCACCUGCCCAGCCUCAAGUUCAGGCAACGCAACACCCUCAGGUGAUACCGAUGAUCCCCCCUGCAGUGCUAAUAGCUGCAGCCCCGGAGAGACUAGGACCUCCAGAGGCUGGUCACCGGAUCAUCCUGGGGAGCCAGGCGCCGGGAGAUGCUGUUCCCAAUCCUCCACCACAAGCUGGUGGCUCCAUUGCUGGUCCACCAGCUCGCAGCCUCAACAUUGGGGUCCCUAAUGUGAACUACAACCUUCCUGUUCCUCCAGCUCCAACAGCUUCAGUCCCUCACAAUGGAGGGGAGGCCCGUCUCCGUAUGGUCCCAAACCCUGAGAGGGUCAAUCCAGCCCCUGGUCUGGUUGUCGUCCCCCCUGCACCAGAGGACAUUCCCAGAAUAGAGGAUGCAAGGCCUGGUCCCUCUGCACCACGAGAGAUGCCAGAGCGGCAUCCUCACGUCAUAACUCUCAUCGCUGGUGUUCUGGAUCUAUUCCCAGAUGUUCAAGAAGCCUAUGUAGCAGAACUGAUCCAAAGGAAUAAUGUGAAAGACUUGAAUGUUAUCUGUAACCUGCUGUUGGAGAACCCAGAGUAUCCAAGGAGGGAGAUGGCAGCCGCCACUGCAGCUCCCACCAGCAUCCUCCUGGAGUCUGGAGACACCCAGACAGAGGUGAGCGAGGACCUGUUCGACUUUGCCAAGCUGGGCACCGUGGGACCUGAGGCUGUGAUGCAAGCUGCCGACCUGCUCAUGGCAGACUUCAGGAGGCUCAGCUGUCAGGACAUCAAAUGGGCCCUCAAUGCUCUGAAGGGACACUAUGCAAUUACACGCAAGGCCUUAUGUGAAGCUCUGAAAAAGUGGCAAGAUUCAGGCGACCCCUCAGGAAAGAGACGACGGAGCAGAGCCUCCUCUGAGCGCUGCUACAUUGAUUUCCAUUUCGAGCACGGUGCAGUGAAGUUUGAGAAGAGGAUGUAUUUCUUGGAGAACGACCGUCGCUACUACAGGACAUACAGCAAUCUUGAAGUCUCUGUGCAGAAGGAGCUGUCGUUCUAUCAGCAGAAAGCCAAGGAAUGGGCAGAGCAUGAGGACUUCCUUUUGGCUCUGCAGGUCAAUGAAGAUGAAUAUAAGAUGGACGGCCAGCUGAUCGAGUGUGGCUGUUGCUAUGGAGAGUUUGCGUUUGAGAAGAUGACGCAGUGUUCAGACGGUCACCUGUUCUGUAAAGAUUGCCUGGUGAAAUAUGCUCAGGAGGCAGUGUUUGGCUCGGGAAAGUCGGAGCUGAGCUGCAUGGAGGGGGGUUGCCCGUGCUCCUACCCAGUGUGUGAGCUGGAGAAGGUCCUUCCAGAGAACAUACUGUGUAAAUAUUAUGAGAGGCAGGCAGAGGAGGCUGUCGCUGCCACCUGUGCUGAUGAACUAGUCCGGUGUCCGUUUUGCAACUUCCCAGCACUGUUGGACAAAGAUAGGUCUCUGUUCAGCUGUCCUAACCCUCGGUGCCGCAAGGAGAGCUGUAGAAAGUGCCAUGUCCAGUGGAAGCAGCAUGUGGGGAAGACGUGUGAGCAGGUCCUGGAGAGAGAUGAGAUCCGCAUGAGGGUGCUCUUGUAA